CUUAUGACCGCCGCCAUGCACCACGAGAUCGAUCGAAGUGGCAAGCCAGCCCCAGCAGCCAGCGUGCUCGUUAACAUGAGCUAUCGCUUGGACUUGGUGGAGAAGAAGACUGUGGACGGAGCGGCCUCGUGUAAAACGAUCAUUGCUAACCUGCGGGAGCUCGCGUCGGCCGAAGACAAGCAUGCUAAGACAUACCAAAAGAUCCAAGAAGCGUUACAGGCCAUCUCGUACAUCAAGAAUGCCAACGUUGCGAGUGGGCUCAAGAACUGGCACAGUGCGAUGCUCCAGAAUGCGUCCGAGACUGCCGCGAUGAAGCGGCGAUUUGCGUCUUCGUUGGUGUCCAACGUCGUGCUUCCAUUGCAAGACCAUGUCCACAACUACCGAAACCAAACCCGCCAAGUGUUUUUUGAAAUGCGGUCGUCGUACGAAGUGUUGGUCCACAAGCAAAACCACGUCACAGCUACCCGGGAACGAUACAUCAAGGCGUGCAAAGCCGCGGAGGCUGCGAUCCGCGCCCGCAAUACCGCCAUGGACAAACUGAACGACUUGGAGCUUCAAGCUAAGAAAGCCACCCCAUCGAGUCAACUUCCCCCAUUGGCCUUGCUGGAAGGAAAGAAGAAUGUCCAAGGUCUCGAUGGACUGAACCAGCGCAUUAAAGCCACGCUGGAUGAGAGUGUGACCGCCAAAGAGGUGUACAUUCAGUCAGAUAUGACCUGUCGGAGCGAUCGAAGUCGGCACCAAAACUUGAUCGCAGACAUGCUGCUAAAGCUGGAAACGAUAGAAAUUCAGCGCGAAGAACACCUGCAGAAUCAAGUGAUGUUCCGAGUCGCGUCCAUGUACCAGGACAUGGUGACGUGUGUCGCGAGCAGCCGCAAAGUGCUGUUUGAUAUGUCGGAUCCGAUCUUCCAGGCGGCGCUGGAGUCGAUUGCGCACUUUUCAGACGACUUCAAGGCCCCCGACGACGUGCUGACGUUUAUAACCGAGCAAAUGACCAACGACGCGGAAACGCUGGCCAAACUGAGCGACGUAUUUGCAUUGAUGAAAAGUACAUUUGAAGCCCACGCCAAGCGGCUGCAGCACAUCACGUCCAGCCAGUCGUGGGCGUUGGCUGAGCUCGACGGACAGCUGCUGGCCCAAGCAUGGGAAAACAUCAGCUCCAGCGUUCAGAUAUUUGCUCACAUUCACGAAGAGUACGCAGCUGCCGUGGGGGGGUCCAUUACAUCAGUGUGGAAAGACUUGAAGGCGGCACAAGGCCAUGCCAAAAAGCAGAUUGCGAUGAUGGUCCAAGACAUCUACUUGAAGCGCCAGGGAGUGCAAACCAACGAACGAGAUGCGACCCAGCGCUUUCAACGCACAAAGCGCGAGCUAGAGGCCAAGCAGAGCCAAAUGGACGCCGUCGAGCGCGAGGCUGCCGAGGAAGCCACGUCCCCCGACAAGGACAAAGGGAUGAGUCUCGUGUCUCUGGGGUGGAAAGAUUCAGCCAAGAUCCGCCUGGUCAAGCUCAAACGAGUAUAUCAAGAAUAUGAAGAAACGGACAUGGCCACGGCAGUCAAGCAAAUGACGUUUGCGAAGAACGCGACCGAAAACUUCAACGUGCUGUUCCACACGCUCGUGGGCACGGUGCACAGUGAUUUCAUCAACGCCCAAGCCCAGGUGGUUUCCGGGAUAACCAAGAUCUCGACGUCGUGGCGAACGGCGUGCAGCGUGACCGAGUCUUCGCAGCUGCAAGUGCUGCGCAAUGUAUUUGGGGCCAUCGAAGCUAUCAGUCCGACGUCCGACUUGCGAUUGUUUGUCGAGUCUCAAUCGUCGAUCCACGACCCUCCCAACCUCAAAGCAUCGACGUCCUUGGAGUUUUACACGAGCGACCUCAUUGAGAUGGAAACGCGCCCGCCGCCGCCGCCAUCUCCAGCUAUGCCCAUGGAAAGCAAAGGUGGCAGUGCACCCAAGACGACUACAUCGGCGAAGUUGAACUGGCAGCAUCAAGUCGAGUUUGGGCUGGUGCUGUUCUACAUGUUUGGCCUCUUGGCGCUGUACUUUGCCAUGCAAACGCUGCGUCAAGAGCUAGUACAUGCGCAAUCUGUCCUGCACGACCAGCAUGGCGCCGUGGACUCGCUCGAGAAGAUGCUGCGCGAGUUCGAAUAACAAGCCAAGGUGGAAGUUCAGUUCAUUUUCGGCUUACAAGUGCUGCAGAUCCUUUUGCAACACGUAAAAGUAGUAGCCCAACCCAAUAUCUAUAAACACAAGCAAAAAUCCCAUCAGUAAAUAUAUAUAUAUAUUUCCCUGUCGAGAGCAAAUUGGGAACGAUGCAAAAUUUAGUAUAACGUUCUGUACUGUACCAAUGUUGUGAUGGCUG